CUGACAUUCUGACAACAAUCCCUAAUAUUUUAUCAAAAUGCCAGUUUCAUAAUAAUAACCAUAAUGUUAACCAUUUUCAGAUAUUCAUUCAUCAUCAAUUCACCUGCAUUAUUAUUUAUCUCAUAGCAUCAAUUUUCAUUAAACAAGGAUAUGUCGAAAAAACUGUCUAAAUUUGCAAUUCUCGUGAAAGGAGGAUACAUUCUUGAUGAAGAGGACAAACAAGAACGUGUCCAAAAUUGGUUGGAUAGGAAGAGGAUACAAACGGAAGAAGCAAUGUUAAAAGAAAGAAAGCGGAAAAGUCGACAAGAAGAACAAACCAAACGUUUCAUUGAAGAAGGUGUUAAGCAGGGCUACGUUCUAGAUCGUACAAGAAAAGCAGAACGACUGAAAAACUAUUUUGAAAUGAAAGAACAGCAAGCGAGGGAGAGUUUUUUAAAUGAACAUUCUAAUAAAGAUCGUGAGUUAGAACAAAGAAAUAUAAAGAAACACGAAAAACUCGAAAAGCUGAGGCAAAAGAGGGCUGAACGAUUUGAAUUUAUAAAAAAUACCGUAGGCACCAUUAAUAAAGACAGCAAAGCAGGUAGUAGUAAGGACGAUGAACGGUUAGAAUUUACAGAAAAUGCAGAAGGAAGCACUAAAACAGCUAGCGAAUCAGGUAGCCGUAAAAAUGAUGAACAAUUAGAAUUUGCAAAAAAGCCUGUAAGCAAAGCUAAAAGAGACAGUGAAGCAGGUACUAAUAGAGGUGUUGAACGGUUAGAAGUUAUAAAAGAAACCGUAAACAGAACUAAAAGAGUAAGUGUACCAGGCAGCCCUAAAGAUGAUGAACGAUUACAAUCAAUGAACAAAAAUGUAGGCAGAGAUCCAAGAGACAGCUUAGCAGGUAGUAGUAAAGGUGGUGGACGGAUAGAAUUUAAAACAAAGACUGUAGUCAAAACUAAAAGAGGUAGCGAAGUAGGUAGAAGUAAAGGUAAUGAACGAUCAGAAGUUUUAAAAAAGACAGUAGGCCCUAAGAGAGGUAGCAAACCACGUACCAGUAAAGGUUAAGACUUAAAUAAAUGGUAUGUGCAAAUUUUACAAACAGAAACUACAUUAUAUACAUUAACCUUAUUUUCAUUCAAUAUAUCAUUUUAUCAUAAA